AUGGCAAUCCCAUACCGGCACAACCAGUCAUUGACUCCAAGCCUUAACCUCGACGAGUCCAGAGAGUCACGACUAAACGCAGAUGAGCUACCGCAGAACAACACCAACAUGCAAGAUGUUGAUAUGCAGAACGUGGACGCGGGCAUGAACGACAACUACAAACAUGAUGACAAUAACGGCAACAGCAACAGUGACGACAACGCUAAUGGCCCAGACCGUCACUCACCUUCUUCCCCUUCCUCUCCACCCCCGGUUCCAUCUUCCACUUUGCCACCAGACUCAUCAGAGCUCAUGCUCAUUCAGCACCAAAAACAAUGGAUAGAGCACGAAGGAAGCUGCUCGAAGAUCCAAGCAGACGAAUGUAUAAAACGCGACAGAAUACAAGCAGACAGCAAACCCAACUCGCCAAAAUCCACGCAAAAACCCAAAUGCAUUUUCAAAAGAUGCAAGCAGUGA